GUCCUUUGGGGCAUCUUCUUGGCACCUGGUAUAUAAAGUGGCGCGCCUGAGUGCCCCAGUAUCAUUCUCUCACCAAGACCUCCAACAUGAAGUUUGUUAUUAUCGUUGCUUUAGCAGCUGUUGCUGUUGCUGAUAAAUUACCAACUUCCUACGCGCCCCCUGCCCCAGCUCCUAACUAUGGCGCCCCUGCUGCCUCAAACAGAGCUGCCGUCGAAGUAGCCCUUCCACCCGUGGCUACCCUGAGGGACGAAAGGACCCAGGACGAGUUCGGAAGCUUCAGUGUUGACUUCGAGGCCGAAAACAGUAUUGUUUUCUCCCAGUCUGGCUCUCCAAAUGGGCCAGAAGACUCCGUCGUCAAGUCUGGGGCUUACUCUUACACUGCUCCUUGA